AACGGAUUGGGCUGUUUGGGGACUGUUUUUGGAUGAAUUUUGACAUGUUUAAUGCUGGAAAAUUGGGUCAAAUCUGCAGAAUUGUAGAUGGCCUUGCUGUUUGUUAGGCAAUUAUGACAUGGCUGGUCUUUUUGUAUAUGACAUUUUCUGGGUUUUCUUCACUCAUGUGAUGGUUACCGUUGCGAAAUCAUUUGAAGCUCCAAUCAAGCUUUUGUUCCCCACAGCAGAUUCUGCAAGGCUAUUUUCAAUGCUUGGACUUGGUGAUAUUGUUAUCCCAGCUGAGAGGAGGGUCGUUCCAGGUUCAGGUGGUGAAGAAUUCAAGUUUGCUUCCUUGAGGCUGUUACCCUCAGCUGUGAUCAUCGUGUUAUAA